GCGGCGGAACUCCUGCGUCCGAGCAGCGGGAGCCAGACGAGCCGGGCCGCCGAGGACGGCGACCGCAGCGGUGGUGGGGGAGCGCUUUGCAGGCAACACAGGGUCGCUCGGCGGCAGCGGCGGCGGCGACGAUGAUGCUCCCCGCUCUGCACGAGUCCCUGGACGGGGAUGAGAAGGAGCUCGAGAGCAGCGAAGAGGGCGGCGGUGCCGAGGAGCGGAGACUCGAGCCGCCGCCCAGCAGCCACUACAGUCUCUACGGCUACCGGGGGAGCAGAUUGGCACAGCCUCGAGGGGAUAGUGAAGAUGGAAGUCCAAGUACAGAAACUCCCUCUGGUGAUGACUUCAGCCUCUCCUUGGUGGAUACUAAUCUACCAUCUGAAGAGGAGCCAGAGCUGCGCAAUUUCAUUGCUAAGCGUCUUUCUAAAGGAGCCAUCUUUGAAGGGCUGGGUAAUGUUGCAUCUGUGGAGCUGAGAACUCCAGGUUACCGGGUUGGUUGUUACUACUGCCUUUUCCAACAAGACAGACCUGAAACAACAGUGGAUUCUGAAUACCACCCUUCAGCGUAUGUGAUCUGUUUUUUAGGAGGGUCUGAAAAAGGACUUGAGCUUUUCAGGCUUGAAUUGGACAAGUACAUUCAAGGGCUGAAAGAUAAAUUUAACUGUGAGGAAAGUGUCAUGGAAACACACAAGUCCUACCUGAGCAGCUGGUUUGAAGAUGUCGUGUGCCCAAUCCAGAGGGUGGUUCUUCUCUUUCAAGAGAAACUUACCUUUUUGCUACAUGCUGCUCUGAGUUAUACUCCUGUUGAGGUUAAAGAAUCAGAUGAAAAAACAAAGAGAGACAUUAACAGGUUUUUGAGUGUGGCCAGUCUCCAGGGCCUUAUUCACGAAGGCACCAUGACCUCUUUGUGCAUGGCCAUGACAGGGGAGCAGCACAAGUCGGUGGUCAUCGACUGCAGCACCCUUCAGCCAAAGUUCUACAAUGCAGGAAGCAACCGGUUUUGUGAAGAUUGGAUGCACGCUUUUUUGAAUAGUGCUGAAGGAGGUAAUCCUUUCCUUUUUCGACAAGUACUGGAAAACUUUAAACUAAAGGCUAUACAAGACACAAAUAAUUUGAAGAGAUUUAUCCGACAGGCAGAAAUGAACCAUUACGCUUUAUUUAAAUGUUACAUGUUCCUAAAGAACUGUGGUAGUGGAGAUAUUCUUUUGAAGAUUGUUAAAGUGGAACAUGAAGAAAUGCCAGAAGCAAAAAAUGUGGUAACAGUCCUGGAAGAAUUUAUGAAAGAAUCUUUUUCUUAAAAUUUCUGAUCAUACUUAUUUUGUAACAAUUGUAUGUUGAAGUUGUAUAACUGAGCCUUGACAUUUAGAAUUGCAGUUGUAAUUGUUGAUAGGAAAUGUAUUUCAGAUUAUUUUUCAUUUUAUACCUUGAAAAUUUAAUUUAAUUAAACAUUAAAUCUGAGGGAAAGCUUCAUUGAGUUCUAGACAGAUAAGUUGUAGAUAAGUUGAGGCAGAAUUACUUUUAA